AUGGAUACAGAAGAAGGUGGACGUUUUGAUUUCAAUGAUGGUGGUACUUACAUUGGUAAUUGGUUUCAAGGUUCAGCGCAUGGAUUAGGUUUAGCCACUGGACCAAAUGGAAUUGGUGAGUAUUCUGGUGAAUGGAAUUUAGGCUUUGAAACAUGUGGUGUCUAUUUAUGGCCAAAUGGUAAUAUGUACGCGGGUACAUGGAUUAAAGGUAAACGUCAUGGUGAUGGUGUUCAAGUCAGAGGUAAAUGGAUUUAUCAAGGUGAAUUCAAUGCAGGAGCUUUUGGUCCAUAUGGAGUGAAAACAGCAAUUAAUAGUCAAGCAAAAUAUGAAGGUAGUUGGAAUUUAAAUCGAUCCGAAGGUUUUGGAAUUGAAACAUGCGCUGAUGGAAGUAUUUAUGCUGGAGCUUGGUCAAAAGGAUUUCGUCAUGGUCUAGGUGUUCGUAAAUCAUUUAUUACUUAUAAAACAAGUACAUUAUCUGAUGACUUAACAAAUCCUACAACAAAUAUUGAAACAAUAACCACUACAACCACUACCACAAUUACCACCACAAUAACAGCAUCAACAACCACAACAACCACAACACCAUCAUCAACAACAACAAUAUCCACUUCAUCAACCGAUUAUAUUCAUGAGAUUGAUUUAAACAAUCAUACUAAUCAAUUAAGAAAAAAUUAUUUCACUAAUCAAUCAUCACCAAAAACAUCAGAUAAACAUCAUAGUUCCACUGUCAAUUUACCAUCGAAAGAAUCUAUAUCAGUAAGUCGUAAAGCUGUCAUUGGUCGAGCAAUUAUGCGUCGUUUAAAGAAACAACAUUCUGCUAUUGAAUUAGGCCGUUCAAUGAUCAAUAACAACAGCAGCAAUAAUAAUAAUAAUAAUAACAAUGUUAAUCAGUCACCUCAUAUCAAUAAUGAUACCAUGACAAAUAAUACUCCGAAAAUGACAUCUCCAAUACAAAUGAAAAAACCUUCAGUAUUCAAUGAAAAUCUAACCUAUUUAAACAAUGAAGAACAUCACCAACAAUCAGAACAACAACAGAAAAAGAUGAAUCCUUCAUUGAAUCAACAAAAUAUUGAAUGUAUUAAUAAUGAUAAUCAAAUUGAAUAUCAAAUUGAAGAUAAUCCACAAUUAAUUAGUGUAAUAGAAAUUUAUUCCGGUGAAUGGUUUCAAGAUCAACGUUCAGGUUAUGGUAUAGUUGAAAGUUCCAAUGGUUUUAUGUAUAUUGGUGAAUGGAUUCGAAAUCAAAAACAUGGUUAUGGUAUAAUUAUUAAUCCGAAUGGGACAAAAGAUGAAGGACAAUUUCAAGCAAAUCAUUUAAUUCAUAAAAUUAAUCGUAAAAAUAAAUUACAUUUAAUACGUCAAACUAAAUUGAAAGAAUGUGUUGAAGAUGCAUUGAUUCGUGCAGAAUUUGCAUCAAAACAAGCGAAAUUAAUCGCGGAAGAAGAAGCUAAAGAACGAGCAUUAAAAGCUCGUAAAGCAGCUAACUUGGCUAUAACUAUCAUAAAGAAAGCAUUGCAUUUAUCUAAUCAAGCAAGAGAAUUAGCUUUUCAAUUGGAACCACAAUUUCAUCAACCAGGUAUUGAAUGGCAAAAGAAAUGUCAUUUUGAUAUGAAUAUCACUAAUGAUUUGAACAAGCUCAAAUCUUCAACAUUGAAUUCAUCCAAUUCAAAUUUCAAUAUUUCUACUGAUCAUUUGUCAACUUCAUCAACAAAACUGCCUAUUACUCAGUCUUCUUCUGCUUCUUCAUUAACAUCAACCAAUGAUAUGUCAGUAAUGUUGUUACGUUUAUCCGAAAACGAAGUAGAUCAACAGCGACAACAACAGCAACAAGAUAGUCAUGAUCGUUUUCAAUUGAAUCAAAUGAUCAAACCUUCAACCAGUUCAUUGACCAAUGUACAAACUUUGAAACAACACCAACAUCAUCAACAAGAUCAACAACAGUAUUUUCAAAAAAAGCGAAGAAAAUUUUUUCGUAAAUUCCUAUCACGUGACUCUACGCCGAAUUCCAUCGAUCGAGUUGAUGAUUCCCCAAUGGAUAUAUUUGAACAUUUCGCUAAUUUAAACAAUCCAAAGUUGAAUCAAUGUAUGAAACCAACUGUCACACUGUCAUCAUCAUCAUCACCGUCGGCACCAACAUUAACAACAGUAACAAAUGAACCGAUUCGUCCAUUUUCUGCACCACAUAAAACAUUGAUGCAUGAAUCAUUGAAAAAUAAUCUAGAAAAAAUCAUUAACAAACGAAAUAGUUAUUCACCAAAUGAUCGAAUUAUAUCACCAUUAAAAGAAGUAUCUAAUGAAGAUGUAGAACAGAAAUGUAUUAUACCAUCGGAAAAAAAUAUUGAAAUAUUCAAUCGACAAAUGAGUUCAUCAACUGGUGAUAUAAUUGAUUUGUGCAAAAAAUCUAUAGAUCCUUGUAUGAAUAGUUUGAUAAAUCUAUCAUCAUAUCGACAACAACAACAGCAACCUUUGAAUUAUUCAAUAUCUUACACAACAAAAUCACCUGAUUUAAUAUAUGAAACUACAUCUGAUCGAUUGUCUAUUCCUAAUGUAAAGAAAAUCAUUCCUUCCAUCAGUUUAUCAACUCAUCAUUUACCUAGUAGUAGUAGUAGUAGUAGUACAACUAUUUUACUAUCAAAUCCUAUCAUCAGUAAUAAAUCAAAGCCAUUGUUAACAACAAAUCAAUCGGUUAUCAAUGAACGAAACAAUGAAAAGACAAAUGAACAUUUAAUCAACAUUGAUCAACUCCGAUCACAUUUAAAACAACAACAACACAGAGAUGACACUGAAACGAAAGAAAAAGGCGCAAAAAGUCAAAUUGGUUAUUGUGAAUCAUUACAAGCCAUAACAACCACUACAACUAUACAUCCACCAAAAUUAAGUAUGAAUUCAACACAAGAUUCUGGUUAUAUAUCAAUUGAUCGUAAUGACUUACAUUCAAUGUCACCGUCUUCUUCUUUUUCUUCUUCUUGUAUACAAACAAAUAAUAAUAGAAAUUAUCAUUAUACUUAUUCACCUGUAGUUACAACAAAUUCAUCAUCUAUUAUUCUAUUGCAUAAAAUGAAAUUCAAUUCAAAUCAAUUAACAAAACAAAAUCAACCAAUCUAUUCAUUGUUCAAUAAUGAUCAUAAUAAUAAUAAAUUAUUCUCAUCAUUACCGAAAUUGAAAAAGUCGAAAAUUUCAACUAACAAUAUUGGUGAUAAACAAAUUCCAUUUAAAUCAUCCUAUUUAACAAGACAAAAACAACGUAGACAAAUGAUAUUAGCACGACGUAAAUUAUCACGAAGUCCUAAAUGUUCAUCAUCAUUACAAUUGAAUAAUAGUUCUGAUCAUACUGGACUCCGUGAAAAAUUCACAUCACAUACAAAUAACAUUCACUGGUUACCAGAGAAUUAUGAACAUGACGAUGAUGAUGAUCCUGAUGAUAAUGAUGAUGAUAACGGUGAUAUUCCAUUAAAACAAUUCAAGGUGAGUUUAAAACCACCGCGUAAAAACAUCAUAACACAACAAUCAAAAAAAAUUAAUCAACAGUCUAUUGACUCUUAUCAAAAUGAUGAUUUUGAUCGAACUGUGCCGGCGAUUGAAAGGAUGAGUGAAAAAUCGGAAUUCAGCUCAUCAAACAUUCAAUCCACACCAUAUCAUCAUGUGAUCAAUACUGAUAUGAAUUCAAAUCAAAUCAAUCGAUGGUCUAUGAAUUCAGUACAAACUACACGUUAUUUAAAUGAUCAUAAUAAUAAAUGGGGGGAAUAUUUGGAUUCAUUUGGUACGAAUCAAUGCCAAAUUCCAAUAGUUUAUACUACUGAAGUAAGACAUAACGAUGAAAAUGACGCUGGUGAUGACGGUGAGGACAAUGAUAAUGAAGAUUUAGGUCCUGUUAUAAUUACUCCAGACGAUGACAUAAAUGAUAAUGACGUUAAUUAUCUUUAUGAUGAUGAUGAUGAUAUAACUUUAUAUCAUCAGUCUAUCGUUCCAAGUGGUCAUCAUCACUCAUUAGAACGAUACACAUCACCAUUAAUGCAUCGAAAAUUACCAGUGAAUAAUGAUCGUUAUUUAUUAAAAUCUAAUCGGCAAUCAUUCAAUACACAUCAUCCUAAUUAUUAUUAUCAUCAGCAGCAAUGUCAACUUCAAAAUUCACAUCAAGCACCGAAUAAAAAAAUGUUUUCUUCAUCUGCUCCUUAUUUUAUCCCAAUCAAUCAUAAUUAUCAAACAAAUGAUAAUCAUAGUCAAACAAUGAAUUAUGAAAAAUUGACAUUAUUUAAUCAUAAUAUCAAACCAUCAUCAAAACAAAUUUUAAAUGAGGCGCGAAAUCCCUAUCAAAUUAAUUUAAACAAACAAACAAUGUUCAACAACAAUAAUAAUAAUAAUAAUAAUAAUAGACAUUUUCAAUCGUUAUCUUCAUUAUCAAAUAAAUCGUUAAGACUAUCGUCACCACCAACACCGACAAACACAACCACACCAUCCAUAUUAUUAUCGUCAAUGUAUACAAAUUCUAUUUGUCCUUCAAAUCAGCCUAGUAUUUCUACUAACCGAUCGUUAUGUAAUCAAACAAUGAAUGCAUUAAAUUUAAAACACCAAUCAAUGUACAAUUAUACAACAAGCUCAUUAAGACAACAAUCAAAUAAAACACAACCACUGCAACAACACCAACAACAAAUACAAUCAUUGCAUAGUCAUCAUCAUGAUCAAUUGAAAACGAAUGGUAACACAAUGAAAUAUUCAACCAUACCAUUAGAUAAAACAUUAUUACUGCGAACGAAACCGAUGAUUGAUAAUGAAGUUGAAAAUUAUAUUUGUACGAAUAUGAAUAAUACUUUGGUAACUAGUACUACUAGUACUACACCUAGUGCUACUACUAAUAAUAAUAGUAGUACGGAAUGGGUACAUAAUACUUUACAAUCUAAUGUAAUGAGUCGAUUUUAUAUGACAAAAAAUCAUUUAUUCAUCAAUGAACCAUAUCGUCGUAUUAGUUGGCCAUAUAGUUUAUAUGAAUUUUUACCAGAAACAUUUUCUAAUUCAAAUAUUCUUGUAACUAAUACUACUACUACUAAUAAUAAUACUAAUACUAAUAAUAAUGAAUUAAAACAAACAAAUCAAAAGUUAGAAAUUUCACCUGUAACACUGAAUUCAAAUCGAAAUCCAAUGGAUUCUGUUUUCAUGUCAACAUUUAAAACACCAACUAAUGUAAAUGAGAAUUAUCUUCCAUACAAUAAUCCAUGGUUUUCGUUAACUUUAAUGAAUACAAUAAUUUUAAUCAUGGUAUUAAUCAUUUCAAUUAUUAAUUGGUUAUGGUAUGAAGAGAAACAACGAAAAAUUUAAUUGGCCUUACUGAUUAAUAACUCAUUCAAUUUAAUGUGAUAAAAAAAUAAGGACAAUGGCAAUAGAAAAUGAUCAUGUUCAAAUGGAAGGAAAUUUAAAAAUAUUUUCAUAUUAUAUUUCAUGUAAU